CAGAUUUUCAAUCUGGAGUCUAAUAAUAACAUAUUCAGUAGCUAUGACGAAUGUUAAAAUAGUAUUUAACAAAAUACACGUACGUGCUCUAGUAGUAAGAGAUCCACUAGUGUUGCCGACAUGUUUAGGAUGAGAAAAGUAAUACCAGCAAUAUGUUUUGUAUUCCUUGUAUGCAUACUAUGGUGGGUACCGAAAUACAAGACAAAUCGGAAAGAUUCCUCUAAUCGAGAUGUUUUGCAGAACGUGGCCAAUGCACGGGGGAACCAUGUCAAAUCAGGUUUAGUGGAUACAAAUCAGACAGAUUCCUCUCUCCAAGAUGCUUUGCGACACAUUGCCAAUGCAAAGGAAAACCUGGUUAUAUUAACUUUUGUGGAUAAGGCAUAUUUCAAAAUGUUUUGGAAUAUGAGACUGUCCCUCCAAAAAAUAAACAAACAUUUGACAGAUAUUAUGUUACCUAUAUGCAAAGAUGAGUUCAGUUUUCGGAAAUUGAAAUCUAUGGAUGUUCGAUGCUAUUUUGCUGGAACUAAAUCAAAUAAAACUGGACUGGCAAAAUAUGGUACAAUGCAGUUUAACAAAGAGACGAAUGAAAAAAUACACUGGUUAUUGCAAUGUUUACAACUUGGGUAUAAUACACUAUUAACUGACGGUGAUAUCGUUUACAAAAAGGAUCCAUUGCUGCAUUUAAAUUGUAACGACUGUGAUAUAAUUAUACAGGAAAAUAGACCCAAGGGAGAAAUCAUUGAAUACGUUCAUGGGGAAGUAAAUCCUGGUUUCAUGUUUGUAAGAAACACGCAUGCUGCCAUCCGGGUCUUUGAACAUGUAACGAUUCUUGCAGCAGACGACCAUUUCGCAGCAGACGACCAGGUGUAUGUAAAUCAGGCUUUAAAACCAAUGCUUCAACGAAAAAACAAUCAUGCUCCUAAAAUAAAAGUUUUGGACAGGACAAAAUUCGUCACAGGACAGAAUUUUGAAAAAUAUUGGAACCAUCGCUCAGUCGUCAUGAUUCAUAACAACUAUAUGAUUGGACUAGAUCCAAAGAUAGAAAGAUUCAAAAGACACGGAAUGUGCUUGAUGACCCUGAUACCAGUUAGUAUCAUUCAAAAUGGUGGACAAACAUCUUUCGUUCUCGGUAAACACGACGAGCUAUUGGAAAUCUUGCAGGGCGCACAUGUAGAAGUAUUGUUCUCUUUGGAUUCGUUCUCCCCGAUUGAGUAUAAAGAGAGACAGAGGUCUGUCAGAACUCAAGACAAUAUUGACAGAGUCAACAGUCAACACAUGUUGACUGUUUAA